UGUUUUGCUCGGGAACUCCCAGCCUCCCUCCGUCCCUCGUGUAUAUAAUCUCGUCCCAGCCCCGCUCUUCGUCUCAUCAACACAAGCAUCAACCAGCCUUCAGCUCAGUUCAUUCGUAACCACAAGGCCCACAAUCCUCAGUCGACUGCUAGCAACCAAUCUUUAGGCAUCAUAUAGUUCAGUCAGCGAUGCUGUCUCCACCAACGCAUAUAGAAAUAUCAUGGCGGGUGCGGCGAAGGCGUCUUGGAUGGUGGCGACGAGCGUGGGCGCCGUGGAGGCACUCAAGGAUCAGGCUGGACUCUGCCGCUGGAACUACGCGCUCAGGUCCAUCCACCGGGCUGCCAAGGCCAGUGCCAACGUCUGCGGCGCCGUCUCGCAGGGUGCGAAGCAGCUUCCGGCCUCUGCGGCGCCGGUGGCGGAGAAGCGGCGAGCGGAGAAGGCCGAGGAGGGGCUGAGGACGGUGAUGUACCUCAGCUGCUGGGGUCCCAAUUAGUUGCUGCAACUUGGUAGUACUCCAGCUAGGCGUGUCUGUGUUUGCUGCAACAACCAUGGCCUGAAACCUGGCUGGCUUCCCGUGGAAUCCCCCAUUGUAACAUACCACGAUGACGAUGAUGAUGAAAAAUGAUGUUAAUUGAGCCCA